UAAUCUCAACGAACACUUGAUAUCAUGAUGUCAUUUUCAGUCAUUGAUAUGCUGAAUUUUUACACGUCAGCUGUAUGAUAGUAUACGCUCACAAUCGGUACAAAAAUAAAAACAUCAACGUGACUCAAUUUUAUCUUGGCGAUAAUCUCUUGUGAACUAAACCGAGUCGAUCGCUACGGGUGAUUCAAGAUUACUUCUCAUUAUUGAUAUUCAAGCUUUCGGCGAGCAAGUAGAACGGACGUUUUAGAAUGGGAUUAGAAAAAUUCUCGCUGGUCUUAGACCGUCCCGUAUAUUACGCGGGACAAACAAUUUGCGGCCAAUUAAUCGUAGCCGUUAACAAACCGAUGUCCAUGCGAGCAAUCCACGUGAGGUAUUCCGGACUAGGCAGAGUUCGGUGGACCGAAAAUCGUCGAGUUAAUAACAAAAACAUCACAGUGACAUACCAAGACGAAGAAAGCUACUUAGAGCUGCAGCAGUUGGUGUUCGGAAAUAGCAACGGUAACAACGAACUUGCAACAGGGGAACAUGUAUUUCUAUUCCAAUGUACAUUGCCCGUGAAUGUGCCGAGCAGUUUCGAAGGACAUUACGGUCGGAUAAGGUACUCGAUAAAGGCAACGAUAGAUUUACCCUGGAUGACUGACCACGUUGUAAGAGUUCCUCUCACUGUAAUCUCCGUUAUGGACCUCAACCUUAAUCCUAUGGCUAUGGUUCCGAUAUCAGAACAAAGCAGCAAGACUUUUUGGGGUCAUUCAAGGACGCCGCUUUACAUGACGGUGAGUUUACCUGUCCGCGGUUACGUUCCUGGACAAGUGAUUCCCGUCAAAGUUUUAUUGAACAACGAAUCCAAAGUUCAGAUGAAGUCCAUCUGCAUCAGUCUCAAACAGAACUCGGUGUAUCGCGCGGCUUCUAAAUCAAGGACUAGCAAGAUGUCCAUUAUCAGAAACGAGUUUCCGGUUGCCGUCGGUUUUGGUAUAGAGGAAUUUCAUUUCAACAUUCCACUACCAGCCUUGCCGCCUUCUUACUUGACAUUCUGCAGAAUCAUCGACAUAAAUUACCAACUGAACGUCACGGCGAAACCAAAAAGUUGGUAUCACAGAGAUCACAAAGUCCCGAAUGAAAUAAUCGUCGGAAAUAUCCCCCUAAUGAUGUACCAGGUUCCAAUUUCUGGUCACCGAUUUGUCCCGAACGCUCCACAACCUGAGGAAGCUAAUCAAGACGAGUUUUCACCCCCGAAUUAUGGUUUUGUUAAUCCGACAGAAUGGGGCUACAAUGAUUUACCACCACCAACUUACGAACAGUGCAUGCACCGCGGAAAAUCUGCGGGUAACGAUCCUGGAAACCAGGCGGACAGCGAUGGCGAAGAAAGCGGAUUUUCCCCGCUCUACCCUAUCUACAAAUUCAAGCCUGAAUUGGCAGUAGGCGUUGUGGUGUUCGUUACCAAAAUAAAAAUUCGAUCACUUGAUUCUGUAGUGCUACUGCUCUUGACUACGAGAGACAUGGUGCUCGACACAUUCAGACUUAUUUUGGAUCACCCUGUUUAUUAUGGCGGACAAACUAUAGCGGGGAAAUUAGUAAUAAAUAACGACAAACCGUUGCAGAUGAGAGCGAUUUCCCUGAAAUUCUUUGGAGAAUGCGAUAUACAUUGGUCUGAAGGAGGAGGUAAUAACAGAAGACAUUACAACAAUAAAGAGAAAUACAUGGAUGUGGAUCAACUAGUAUUCGGAGGUGGAGAUCAUGAUGAGGACUGCGAACUUUUGGAAGGCCAGCAUGUCUUUCUAUUCAAUCAUCUUCUGCCGUUAAACUUGCCUAGUAGCUUUGAAGGAAGAGAUGGCCACAUAAGAUAUUAUGUCAAGGCUACAAUCAAAAGGAAUUGGAAAUUAAACUUCUCUACGACCGAACCUUUUACCGUGCUGGAGGUUCUAGAUCUGAACACGAGUCCCCUUGCAGCGUCACCAAUAAUAGAACAAGCGAGCAAAACUUUCUGGGGGGAUCCGAACCCUUUUUCAAUGUCGGUGGAAAUUCCGGUUCAAGGUUUUGUUCCCGGUCAAACGAUUCCGAUAAAAGUCACUCUGAAUAAUGAGAGCGAUGUACGAGUCGGAGAGGUUGUUGUAGCUUUCAAUCAGGUCGCUACAUUUCAUACGAAAGUGCGUUCGAGGGACCACAAAAAAUGCAUCUUCAAGAAUGAGCAACGGAUUCAGAACAGCCGCGGGCGAGAAGAGAUAUCAUUGAACCCGAUUCUCCCGGCGUUGCCACCCUCCAAUCUGGAGUUUUGUAAAAUAUUGGACCUAGAGUACAAGAUCGACGUUACUGCCAAAGUCAAUGCUUGGUAUCACAGAAAUCUUACUGUCCCUGUGAAACUGAUUGUCGGAAAUGUACCACUUUUGAGCUACCAGGCCACGCGGCCGUUGCCCAUUGGAUUCACCGUACCUCAAUUGGAUCAAAUACCUCCAGAUUCGGAGAAUUACAGUUCACCGGAUUAUUUACCACCCACCUACAAUAUGGUCAUCCCACCAUUUUGCGCGACGUAUGGACAACAGUUUCCACUACCGACCUACGAACAAAGCGUAGCACAUGGAGAAAUACCAAAGGAGCAAGAAAAAAAUCACUCCAACAAUGACGGAGUGACGAAAAAAUUUAUACCUCUUUAUCCUUUCUUUAGAUUGGAAAACGUCAGUGGAGCUGAUAUUCAGCCGUGAACUGAAUUUCAUGUCGUUUUUUUCAUCGGCGUGUUGACUGUUCGUAUUGAUAUUGAUUAUCGUAUGUUAAUUAUGUUUAAUAAAGUUAUUUUUUUGAUAGUUGUAA